GAAUGCAGUAUUAUAAAUCUAAGUAGGAAAUGCAUGGUGGUGGUCCAACAGCCACUAGGUUGAAUUAAAUUCAUAUUCUGACUUGUCACAUCUGUCCCUCACAUGUUUAUAGACCACUGACAGGAAGUCUGAGACACUUGUGGCAAAGCUGCAACACAUAUGCAAUACAAAUUCAUUAUUACAGCACUGACUGAGAAUGCUGUGAAAUUGGCGUGAAUUAAAUAUCUAAAUAAAAACAAAUUUGAAGAAGAGAAGAAAAACAGGAAUUUUGGUGACGUGACAUAUUUGCUGAUUUAUGUUCUUUGGUAAAUCCAUCGUAUCUGUUCAGAAACCGUCUGCCACCUAUGCAACACUUUUUUACUCUGUUUCCAUUAGAAACCCUGUUUCCUCACUGCUCAUUUUUGUCACAAAGUCUUUCAUUUGAACAACAUCAUUUGAACAACAACAUGAACAACUUCAUCAGUUUAGCCUCCUUCCCCUUUCCCUCCCACCUUACCCCCUCCUCUCCCUGACACUGUGCUUUACAAACUGAGGUCACUCUUAUUUACGCUCUUUCCCCUCUCCUUCUUUUUCACUCUUUACCCUUGGGACACGAUGAAGUUAACAGCACCAUGCAUGUAUUUCGUCUUUUCAAGCCUCUUUUGGACAACAGUAGGCUCUGGUCAAGGAUACCCAUCAGAAGACAAGGGGUCUGGGCCAUGUGCUGCAACACUGCAACUAGAGGAACCCUGUGGACACGGGCAGGAGGACGCAGCUUGCCUCUACUCGCUCAGUUUGCCAGCACUGACCGUUCAUCUGCCGUCUCAGCUGAGAGACCUGGAGAAGAUCAUGAGGGAGCUGCAGGACUUGAAAGACACCGUGGACCAACUGAGGAAGAAGUGUGCAGAUUGUACAGUAAGACAAACUGAGAAAAUGUGUGACAUGCAUACAGAAAAAGAGCAUGUGAAGCUGAAUGAAAAUACAGAAAAACGUGAGGAUGAGUGGCGUUGUGUGAAUAAAAGAUCUAAGGAAAAGUCUGGAGAUGACUUUGGAUCAGGCAAGAUAAAGGGGACUGAGGCUCUAGGAGGAGUUGGUGAAAUUAACACAGAAAACAGAACAGAUUUGGACAGAGGAGGGAGGAAUAAAUUGCAGGCAGUAAAAGAGAGUAAUCAGGGGCUUAUUAAAGAAAUGGAAGGAGCAGAAGUCUCACCAGAAGUGUCAGAAAAAGAUGGAAAAAGUCGGGACGAGGGUGUAACAGUGAGUGGUAAUUUGGCAUGGUCAACGACGCUAACUGCAAACGGGAAAACAGAAGUUACGCAUGGAGAAACAGUUGCUGAAAAAAAUAACAGUGAGCAAAAAGGAAUGGAAGGUAAUAAAAAUGAAAAGCUGACAGGUGAUAAAGGGAAAAUAACCCAGAAAGAGGGAGAAAAAAACUCAUCUGAUAUAAAUAUGGAUAACACAGCAAGUUACCAAGAACAAAUGGAUGGAAAAAAACAAACAGAAGAAAAUCAAGUCAGUGAAAGAAUAAUGACAUCUGAGGACUAUGCUGGGCACAUAAAUAAGGAGCAGGAGCAGCAGGGUGUGGAUAGUAAAGAGAACACAGGAGAAGAAAUAAAAGCGUGGCAAAAUAACAAGAUAUUAAAACCGACCGAAAACAAUGGGCUGGUAGUAAAAGGCAAGACAAUUAACAGUGGGGAGAGUGGUGAGACAGACGGGGUGACGAGCGCAGAGAUCAAAACGCAAAGUGGAAAUGUGGUACAGGGUGGGCAGAGACCCAGUGAUGAAAAAUUAACAUCCAACGACGCAGAGGAGAGAAAAGACUUUGUUUCUGUCAGCCAGACUCCUCCAUCUAUCACUGGUUUUAUUACAGGGAGACAUAAAACUAUGGACCCGAACAAAGUUAUAACCUUGACGUCACCCCUUUCAUCUACUUCUCUGUGGUCCAGUCCACAUUUGAUCACAGAUGUCAAUGAAGCAACAGUGAUAGCAGCUCUUGGACUACCAUCCCAAAGCACAGACUUUGAACACACUCAAAUUUAUGAACAACCGCACCCAGAUGCAGAUGCAAGCUUCAGGACCACAAACGAUCCAACUGCGACGCCCACAUUAAGCACUUUGGAAGUCCCCAGACAACAGAUUACUACUAUCACCAACAGGUUCACAUCCACCUCCAGUCCCAGGUCUUGGCCAGGCGUUCAGGGUCAGGUUCACUCAACGUCAGCAACUAAGAUCGCCUCGACACACGUACAACAUUUUUUCACAACUACAAUGGCAGCAGUCACAGAACGCAGCAGCCGGGGAGCAAAAAACACAAGCCCCAGCAUGAACACCGGUAGAAAAUUUGGAUUUGGUCAAGGAGUUAAUCUGGGUAAAAAGCAGGGAAUGAAGCCUGAAGCAACACAAAAGCUGAAAAAUUCAAAGAAUGACCAUAAACAUGACCGAGCACCUAUACCUGAGAAAAAGACUAGACCCGUCCAGAAGCUGAAGCCCCUGGUCCAAAAACCAACAGUUGACCCAAAUAUCAAGUCCAGAAAGCCAGGAGCCUCAGAACAACAGACUCAUACUGCAAAACCUGACCAAAGAGUUUCACACCAUCAUUUAACAACUGGUGAGAAUCAACAAAAUAAUUCACUGCUUGGACGUGACAAAGGCCAAGAGCUAAAUUCUAAUCAGACUUCUGCACCUCCUGAUCAGAGAGCUCCCUCUCCUCAGAGGCCAUCGACUGUUGGUACAACUGGUUCUACAACUGUCCAGACAGGAAUAAACACUCACCUAUUUCCUCCAUAUGGUGAAAAAACCACAGCUCAAAAUAUAAAAAAUAUUUCACUGCCUCAACAAGGCAAAAGGUCUCCUGAGAGACCAACCUCUAAUCAGAAACCUGCAACUGUAAACCAAACUGGUUCUCACCAGGAUUCUGAGUCGGAAAAUUAUAACAACACAUCGUCAGAUGGAAGAAUUAUUAGUCAAAAUGUGUAUAAAAAUCCAUUGCUUAAACAACAUGAAGGCCUCCCAACUAAUCCUAAUAGGUCAAAUGUUCAAAAACCCCAUUCUCAUCAGAAGUCUAAAAUCCCCUCCUUAAGACCCACAUCAGUAAAUACAACAAGAUCCGACAAAAGUCAAAUUAUUAAAACAACUUCAAAACCUGAUCUGUUUUCUCCCCUUGAUAAAAUGACUACUGUUCAAAAUAAACAUAAACAAACCAGAGGCCAAAAUCCAAACUUUAAUCGAACGUUUUCACCUCCAGCCCAGAGACCUCCAUCUCAUAACAGGACGGCUACAGUAAACCUAAAAGGCUCUGCCAAAGAUCCUCGGAGAGAGAAAUAUGCAAAACCUGACCAUAGCACUCCACGCCUUAAAAUCACUCCUAAUUUGAAAAAGAAUGCUUCACGUAUACAUAACCAAGACCUAAAGCCAAAUAUUCAUCAAAUGCCCCUCCCACCUGUCCAAAGACCUAGACCUCAUCAGAAAUCUGCAGCAACAAACACAAACAGUUCUGAACUAGGUCAUGUGACUGCCCACCACACUACAACACCUGGCUACUCAAUAAAAAUCAAUAAAAUAACAAUUGAUCAAAACAUGAACCAUGAUCAAUAUCCAGUCCUUGAUACGGAACUUACAUCAGUUCAAAAUAUGUUAGAGAUUCUAAAAGAAAAUUCUCAUCAAGCGUCAGUAUCUUACGACAGUCUUGUCGGACCUACAUCCGAUCAGACAGUAACAACGAUAAGCCCAACUGAUCUUGAUCAAGACCCUGCGACCGAAGUCCACUCAGUAACUGAUCAGAUUACUCUACCUAGCGUUCAAACAACAGAUCAGAAAUUUAGAAAUAUUUCACUGUUGAUGCAUGACAAGGGCCAAAGGUCAAAUUCUCAGCCACAGCCUGAAGCACCAGUACAGAGAACCACAUUCCAUCAGAGGACAGCAACAGUAAACACAAUUGGCUUAGUCAAAGUUUCUGGAAUCACAACUAAGUCUGACCCUGAUCACAGCACUACAGUUGAAACUACGACAGCCGGAAAAAAUAUGAAAAAUAAUCCAGCACAUGACAAAGGUCAAAAGACAAAUUCUUCAUCAAAAUCUUCACCUCCUGCCCAGAGACCUGCCACUCAUAAAAGACCAGCCAGUGGUUCUGUCAUCAAUCCUCAGAGAAACCAAAAAACAAAAUCUCCUCUUGUUCCUGAUUCUGAAAGAGCGAAAAAUACUAAGCUAACACUGAGUCCUAGCAACAGAUCUUCAACGUUUAAUAGAAACAAUAAUGAAGGUCCUUCUCCUGAGUCUGAACAAUACCUGGACACAACACCUUUAAUCAAUCUUUCACUAGAUGGCGAUAAACCCUCUGACCAGGAUUCUCGACCCGUCCAGAAAGACCCUUUACACUACAAAAAACAGGAGCUCAAUUCCAACAAAAGGACUAAAGCGGAUGUAAAAGCCAAAGUUAGCCAAAUACCACGAAAACAUGCUGAAACACCUGAUCAGAAAACUCUACGUAAUGAAAACCCUGAACCACAGUCCAACAGGUCAUCCACACCACGACCUACUCCUGCACACAGAUCCACACUGCAGCCAGAAGCAACAUCUGUUCACAUCACACCUAAGUUCGAUCCUGAUCACAGCACUACGGAUGAAAUUAUAACAGCUGGAAAAAAUAUGAAAAAUAAUCCAGCACCAGCACAUGACAAAAGUCAAAAGACAAAUUCUUCAUCAAAAUCUUCGCCUUCUGCCCAGAGACCUGCCACUCAUAAAAGACCAGCCAGUGGUUCUGUCAUCAAUCCUCAGAGAAACCAAAAAACAAAAUCACCUCUUGUUCCUGAUUCUAAAAGAGCGAAAAAUACUAAGCUAACACUGAGUCCUAGCAACAGAUCUUCAAUGUUUAAUAGAAACAAUAAUGAAGGUCCUUCUCCUGAGUCUGAACAAUACCUGGACACAACACCUUUAAUCAAUCUUUCACUAGAUGGCAAUAAACCCUCUGACCAGGAUUCUCGACCCGUCCAGAAAGACCCUUUACACUACAAAAAACAGGAGCUCAAUUCCAACAAAAGGACUAAAGCGGAUGUAAAAGCCAAAGUUAGCCAAAUACCACGAAAACAUGCUGAAACACCUGAUCAGAAAACUCUGCCUGAUGAAACCAUCAGGUCAUCCACACUACCGCCUACUCCUGCACACAGACCCACACUGCAGCCAGAAGCAACAUCUGUUCAAAGGCCAGAACCAGCAGUGCGACUCGAAUCAAGCCCAAACAACAAAACAGACUCAAAUCCUUAUCUCAGCGGGAUAACUCCAGAUGGCACACGAAUUUCUCAAAUCGACCUGCUGCCUACAUCUGGGCCUCUAAGUCGGGACAAUAAAAUCACUCAUUCCACAGGUGAUGCAGAGUUCAACCCCAGCAAAAAAUCUUUCAAUCUAAGCCCAACAUCAAGCCCUAAGAGGAUCUUUCCUUUAUUUUCAGGUCUCCUAACCGAGAGCCCAGACAGCAGGACCCCGUGUGAUCUGAAGCCACAAACAGUCAGAGAACCUUCAUUGAUCCCAGUUACAACAAGACCAAACAUAAUGAUCCGUGGCAUCCUCCCGAGUGUUAUCACUAGCACCAGUCCAGGAGCCACAAAGUUCAAUUCCAAUACCAAGCCCAGCGCAGCAUCUCUGAUGCUACACAGCACAGAGAACACUGCACCUGGAAAAACCUCAGGUUCAGAAAAACCGGUCUUUCCAGUGACUUAUCCCGGGGCUCAUACUUCCUCCAUACUUAGCCCUGACACUGAGUCAACUACUUCUGUCACCUCUGGCCCUCAGCUUGCAGCAGCUGAGUAUUCCACUCCUAGUGCACGAGAGCUUCGAGUAAAAAUCAACCAGGUGGCUGCGUUUCCCAGUGACAGGCAAGGGUCAACUGGACCAAUAGCAGACCUGUUUCCAAAACAGCAUCCAGCAGACAACAACAAGGGCGAUGGUGCAGACUACAGAAAGUGGAUGGCAUCAAAAGAAGCCAGUGCUAUAAGAGACUGCUCAGACCAUCUGCUCAGAGGGAAGACAAAGAGCGGGGUGUACACGGUGACCCCUGACCUGCGCAGUAAGAGCUUCCCGGUCUUCUGUGACAUGGACCUGACCGGUGGAGGGUGGACGCUGCUGCAGCUCAGACAGGACGGCAGCGUGAGCUUCAACCGCACCUGGGCAGAUUACCGAUCAGGGUUUGGGCAGCUGAACGGAGGGGAGUUUUGGCUGGGGAACAACCUGAUCCACCUGCUCACCCGCGACAGGGAUAUGGUGCUGCGGGUGGAGCUGGAGGACUUCGACGGGUUGAUGGAAUAUGCAGAGUAUGACAAGUUCAAGGUGGCAAGUGAGCGUCUCCGCUACAGGCUGACUAUAGGUGUUUACUCCGGUACAGCAGGGGACGCUCUCCGCUUCAACAAAAUGUUCGAUCACAACAACAAACCCUUUACUACCCCAGACAGGGACAAUGACAGAUAUCCAUCAGGUAACUGUGGGGCCUAUUACAGCUCUGGCUGGUGGUUUGACGCCUGCAUGUCCGCCAACCUGAACGGGAGAUACUACAAGGAAGGAAGGUACAAAGGACUCAGAGAUGGUAUUUUCUGGGGGACGUGGCACAAUAUCACUUCAGAGUAUUACCCCACUAAUUACAGACACUCAUUUAAAACAGUCAGGAUGAUGAUCAGACCGAAAAGGUUUGAUCCUUGAACUGCAUUUAUGGUAAAACUUGUAUUCGUGCUCUCUCAACACAAUAACUGUGCACUAUUAAGUAAAUGCUGCCUCCUUGUGGCGUAUGAUUUUACAGGCUUUCGCUGUUUGGUAAUUACAAGAAUGAACUUGGAUGUACCAAGGUGAUCUAUGAUCAGCUUGUUGUCAGGAAAGUGUUUAUUUUACAUGACUACCUUUGGAAACAACAGAGACUUUUUUUCUCUUAAUUUGAAGGUCAGUGAUACGUUUGAAAGUGUUUCGAAUGUUUUGUAACUAAAUUAUAAUUAUUUAGUAAUAUUAAAGAAUAUUUAACAUGAAA